CUUAAACAACGUGCCUGACACCCUCUGUACACCCAUCGAAUUCAGUGCAUGGACGCCUCGUAUAGGUCUAUACGAGGCGUCUAGGUUUGCAAAAGUGUGGAUUUAGGCGCAGUGGGUGUCCGGAUAGUUUCCCCCAUUUUAAUUAUAGCUUUAUCUGCAGCUUGUCAGAAAACUCUAUCUACAUAAAGCUAUUUUAGCUACGAAAAUGGAGGUGUUUCAACUUCAUUCAUCACGUUUGUUGGAUGAUGGGGAUACAUUUUUCCAACUUCUUGACCAGGUAUCUAGGCACUUUGCUUUGUUGAUCCAACUUAUGACACAAGCCCUAAUAGUCAAACGACCAUUUGGUGGAACCUCAAACGCCCGUUUGAAAAGGGUGUAGGAUUAGCAAACCACCCCUGUUGUUGAUCAAUAUUUGUUGCAUUGGGGUCACACGUAUACUAUAUAUUGAUUUGUUUUUAUAUUAGAUGAGUAGAUCCCUGAAUACGAGAUUGACUUCAGCUUCGAUGAGCAAUGAGUUGGCAAUAAAAAAGAAGCAAGAAAACGAAGCUUUUGCUGAAGCAGCACUUGCAUGCGAAAAAAUCCAGAUGAAUAAGGUGGAACAAGAGGUUAAGAGUUUGAAACAACAAGUAGUGGAGAUUUCCAAGUUGCUAGAGUUUCUCAUAGAUGGUGGCCAAGUACUCGAUACGUUACAUGCAGAGCUAUCCAAUAAACGUCAUAAUGUGAACAAGAUAAAGGAGGAGGUGGACCAGGGAAGCGCACUAGGUGGAUUAGUGUCCAUCUUAGUUGCUUCUUUCAAAUUGGAGGGCAGUAAGAAUGUAGUUAUUGCAGAAGAGGCGGGACAGGCAAUCUUAACUGAUCAUGCUUUUGCUGAUUCGCAGUCAACCAUUGAACGUAUUGAUUUUGUGGCAACUAGGGAGCUGGAGAACAAUAUAUAGUGUGCUAAAAGUAUUAAGAAAGUGAAGAUAAAAAAGAAUUUGCUUGGAAAUCAAAAAGGCAUCAAGAAAGUGAAGAUAAAAGGUCUUCAAGCUGUAUCAAAAAGGAAAGCAAUUGCCGAAGGAGAUACUUCUGAUGACCUAGUCAUGGUAACACUUAUAAUCCUUUUGAUAAUGAUAAUUGUUAUUUAUUUUCACCUAUUCUAGUUUUCUAAGGGUCACUCUUCCAGUCCAGAGAUUCAACUGAUAAGAGUAAUUUCUCCAAAUGCUGAGAAUCCCGAUUAGUUUUUAAUUGGUGGGGCUCAAGGGGUUAAAGAUCAAAAGUUUCCAUGUGUUAACGUGUCGAUGACUGAUAGGCCCUUUACUUGAAAUGUUUAGUUUGGAAAUGACUCAUUUACCAUGUCUUUUUUGUGUGACAUUUUUAAUCGACUUGUCUAUUUUAGAGAUUUUCCCUA